AUGUCCUACGAUUUAUUCGAUGACCUUAAUUUUGAAUGGGAUUUGGAUUUGGAAGAAGCUUUUAACCAAAUUCCCAACCAAACACACACGUCAUAUUUACAAUAUUUACAACAACCAACAAGUUUAGCAAGCUAUAACAGCAGUUAUGAUCUUUCAAGAUUUUUAAUUAACAUUAUUUGUUUUAUCAUUAUUAAGAUUGGUUAUGAAUUAUCAGCUAUCAUUCAACGUUCAUCAACUUAUGAUCUUAUUGUGAAUGGUUUAUUUCUUAUUGGGAUACUAGGUAUAUAUUCUAUUCGUAUUGAUGAUGAUGAUAACAAAUCAACAAGUAACAUUGGUGAAUCAACUACUGAAGAAGAUUUAAAUACUGAAAGUGAAGAAGAACAAGAUGCUGCAAGUGAUGAAGCUGAAAAUGAUGAAGAGUAA